AUGGCGACUAACUUCCGGAAUACCACGUUCAACGAAGAGAGGAUUUUUAGCAACACGAAUAUACUGAACACACCAACAGUGAUCCCUACGAACCAACCACCGCCCUUACCACCAAGACCUCACUUCUCAGGUGGCGGGGGUGACAUGAUGUAUGGCAAUCGAUACGGAUUUCCUGGACAGUCUGGUUAUGGUUAUAGCCCCUAUGGAGGAUAUUCGUCAAUGGACUAUUACGGACAUAGGAACUACGGAGGUUACAUGGGCCAAGGAUUUGGUGGAGGUUAUGGUAAUAUGGGAGGGUUCAACUAUCCUGAGCAGAGAUUCAUUCAGCUAGCAGAAGAAAGCUCUCGUCCAGCUUUUCAAAUCCUGGAGUCACUUGUCGGCGCGGUGGGCAAUGUAGCAACAAUGUUGGACUCCACAUUUUUUGCUGUCACAAGCUCAUUCCGCGCUAUAUUAAGCGUGGCCGCCAACCUGGCUCACUUGAAAGGAACUUUUGCUCAUGUUUGGUCCUCUUUGACCAUCGUACGCACCGCCGUGUGGCUGUAUAAAAAAUUGUUAUACAAACUACGAAUAACUAAGACAGAUCCGACAAUGGAGGCAUUCAAAGAAGCUUUUAACAUUUCGUCUAGUAAUGAAAACGCGCCAAACGGUUCAAAAACGCGUUCAUCGUCACUACUAGCUGCACUUUUUAUGGCUUUUAUGUUAUCCGUACCUUACAUGUUAAUUAAAUUGUUCACCCCAAAGGCUUCCGAGGACAACGCACUCACAGAUCCUGCUGUUUGGACCAACCCAAUUGAGGUCCAGGCGCUGCAUAAUUUUGAUGCAUCUAACGCACAUGAGAUGUCGGUUCGCGCAGGACAAAACGUUUUAGUGGCUCCGAAGCAAAUUCAAAUCAACCGGCAAUUGUUAAACACUGGCUGGGUACUAGCUUCUAGUACUGAUAGGAAAACAACGGGAAUCAUUCCAUUAAACUACCUACAAGCUCAAAAGCAACCAAUAGACGGUUAAACAUAUUUACCAGUGGGUCAUGGAUAGGUUUAAUAAAGUGGGUUAUAACAACAACACAAAACAUAGGCAUAUGUACGGCAACUUCUACAUACAAUUGCGAACACGUUUGUCGGUUCUAUUCGAGUGAUAAAUCACCGUAGUUAACAUAGCAGAAGUGAUAUCAG